AGGGCCCAGCGCCCGGGCCAUGGCGGCGGCGGCGGCGGGAGCUGCUGUCUGAGAGGCGGCUGCGGGCCGAGCGAAUUCGAUCCGGGAGCCCGAGCCUGAGGAGAGGCGCGGCGGCGGUGGGCGCGCGGACGGCCGGAGCAGCCGGCCGCUCUCCUCCUCCUCCUCCUCGGCCGCCGAGUGCUGGUGGGGGGUCCGUGCCCGGUCACCAUGACGACGCCGGCGAAUGCCCAGAAUGCCAGCAAGACGUGGGAACUGAGCCUCUACGAGCUGCACCGGACCCCGCAGGAAGCCAUAAUGGAUGGCACAGAGAUUGCGGUCUCCCCUCGGUCGCUGCACUCAGAGCUCAUGUGCCCCAUCUGCCUGGACAUGCUAAAGAACACCAUGACCACCAAGGAGUGCCUGCAUCGCUUCUGCUCCGACUGCAUCGUCACGGCGCUGCGGAGCGGGAACAAGGAGUGUCCCACCUGCCGCAAGAAGCUGGUAUCCAAGAGGUCCCUACGGCCGGACCCCAACUUUGACGCCCUGAUCUCAAAGAUCUACCCGAGCCGGGAGGAGUACGAGGCUCAUCAAGACCGAGUGCUCAUCCGCCUCAGCCGCCUGCACAACCAGCAGGCCCUGAGCUCCAGCAUCGAGGAGGGGCUGCGCAUGCAGGCCAUGCACAGGGCCCAGCGUGUAAGGCGGCCAAUGCCAGGGUCCGACCAGACCACCACGAUGAGUGGGGGAGAAGGAGAGCCUGGGGAGGGAGAAGGGGAUGGAGAAGAUGUGAGCUCAGACUCAGCUCCCGACUCCACCCCAGGCCCUGCUCCCAAGCGGCCCCGUGGGGGAGGCGCAGGGGGGAGCAGUGUAGGGACAGGAGGGGGUGGCACUGGAGGGGUAGGUGGGGGCGCCGGUUCAGAAGAUUCUGGUGACCGGGGAGGCACCUUGGGAGGGGGAACUCUGGGGCCCCCAAGCCCUCCAGGGGCCCCUAGCCCUCCAGAACCAGGUGGCGAAAUUGAACUCGUGUUCCGGCCCCAUCCCCUACUCGUGGAGAAGGGAGAAUACUGCCAGACCAGGUACGUGAAGACAACUGGGAAUGCCACCGUGGACCACCUCUCCAAAUACUUGGCCCUGCGUAUUGCCCUGGAACGAAGGCAGCAGCAAGAGGCUGGAGAACCAGGAGGGCCUGGAGGGGGCGCCUCAGACACUGGGGGACCUGAUGGGGGUGGUGGAGAGGGUGGGGGCGCCGGAGGAGGUGAUGGCCCUGAGGAGCCUGCCCUACCCAGCCUGGAGGGCGUCAGUGAGAAGCAGUACACCAUCUACAUUGCACCUGGAGGCGGAGCUUUCACGACACUGAACGGUUCACUGACCCUGGAGCUUGUCAACGAAAAGUUCUGGAAGGUGUCCCGGCCACUGGAACUCUGCUACGCCCCCACCAAGGACCCAAAGUGACCCCACAGGGGUCAUCCAGGGAGUGUCCCUGCUGUGUUGAGGCCUGCAACCCUAGCUUCUUUGUUCUCCAGUGCCACCCGGCCAGCCAGCAAGAGGACACAAAUGAGGACAAGUGGCUUUUAUACAAAGUGUCUAUAUCAGAUUCUUCUAUAUUGUUCAGAGCGGGGCGUGCGCCCCAUCUGCUGCCUUUUCUAUGCCUCCCAACUUCCCAUCAAUUCAAGACAAUGGGGAAGGUGAAGACCCCUCCCCUUCACACCCUCUGACUCACAACAAAUUCGCUUUUUUUCUCUUUGAAA